GCACAUGAAGAGGAGAUGGAGGAAGGUGGCAAUGGUGCUUGUACUUGCUUCGUUCAUCUGCGGCGUGGCCACCACCAUCGUCUUACUCGCGGUGCACGCCCCACACAUCAGUGAUGAACCCGCGCCAACGACAAGAACCCACCACCGCAGCCGGCAACCCCGCAACUUCAGCAAGGGCGGCAAUAGCGGAGGCAGCGCCCAGGACAGCAGGUGGAGCUGUGACGAGAGCACGAAUCCAGCCGUGCAUGCGCACGUGGCAAUGGUUGUGGCUGGUGUGGACGCUGCACGUGGUGCCUCCAUCACCAUCCGCUCGCUUCUCCAGCACCGGACAGUGUGUGUUCAUCUGCACAUUGUGUGUGACGCGGAAGCCCGCCACUCCCUGCAGCGUUUUCUUCAGGGCGGUUUGCAGGCACGCCUGCCUUGCGUCUCCAGCACCUUCCGCGACAUCACGCCAGCGUUGGACGAGGUGGCGUGGAUUCCAACCCGCCACACUGCCGGCGCCUACGGGUUUGCCAAGCUCGUGCUUGAACGCGCGCUGCCAGACGUGGACCACGUCAUUGUCCUGGAUACCGACCUCAGCGUGCACGCAGACAUCGGCCAGCUCUGGCGCCUGGCAUUCUUCCCCAGCGACACCGCUCAUGGCAGCAACAAUGGCAACAUGCACAACAACCACAACGCCGGUGACCGGCUCCACAGCCUCGACGACAGCACGCAGCAGCAGCAGCAGCAGCAGCAGCGCCGGCUCUUCGCUGCUGCCCUGCAGCAGAGCGACUGGUACUUGGGCACACUCCCUGGCAUCCCCAGUAGCCUGAUCUGGCCGGCCGUCGGCCGAGGGUUGAACACGGGCGUGCUUGCGCUGCACCUCGCCCACAUGCGCCAGGAUGGGUGGCGGGACUUGUGGGAGACGGCGCUGCGGCGACAGCUUGCUUCUCGUCGCGCGACAACGGCCCUCGCAGAGCAAGACGUUUUCAACGUGGUGUUUCUGGAGCAUCGGGAGCUGGGCGGCGUGCUGCCCUGCGAAUGGAAUCUGCAGCUCCACGACCACACCUCAGCGCCAGCAUGCCUCAUGCCAGCUUACCAAGGCCACCAGCACCCGCGACAGUACUGGUUACCGCCACCGAGGCAGCCUGCCAUCUUGCACUGGAACUCGCCGCUGAAGCAAGAGGCAGAUAUUCCGCUCAGGCCACACCUGAUGCGCAUGCACCAAAGUGCUGUGGAAGCGAACGGCGCCACUGCAUCCCUUCAACAACAACAACAACAACAACAGCAACAACAACAACAACAACAACAACAACAACAACAACAACAACAACAACAACAACAACAACAACAACAACAACCCCCUUCAGACCACAGGCGACUUGUAAAAGGGCAGGCUCCAAUCACACACGUCAACUAUGCGAUGGUACAACCACGACGGCGCAUGUUCAAGUGCACGUGCAAAGGCCCGACGUGUGUGAGGGUUAACGACGCAGCCUCGUCAACGCUGGUGAUGGCACACAGCACGGCAGCAGCCGCACAGGUGUAUCUGCGACAAAUGCAACUUGGUGUCGACGACGACAGUAGGCGUGAUGGUGGGGAUGCCGGUGGUGACGGUGGUGGUGGUGAUGGUGGAGAUGGAGGUGAUGUUGGUCGUGGUGCCACUGCCUUUCGUGCGGACACUGGUCGUGAUGAUGUCGGCGGUGGGCAAAGGCAGGUGACAUGCGUGGAGCAAGAGGUCAGGCGAGUUCCUCACAACGAAGACGUGACGUUGCUGCUGCACACAUCAGCCGACCGACUGCCUGCCUUGCUCGAACUGGUGAGCCAGUGGGACGGCCCAAUAUCGCUCAGCGUGUACGCCAGGUUCAGCGACGCGCGUGCCAUUGACACGUUCCUUGACCAGGCACGCGACAAGGUGGUGGAUGUCAUGCGUGUGCACAUCGUCUACUCAUGGAUCCACGAUGACGAUGGCGGGGAUGGUGGUAGAGUUGCUGACACUGAUGGUGGUGGUGGUGGUGAUGGUGAUACUGGUGAUACUGAUGGUGGUGAGGGGAUCGAGGGGUACGACAUCAACGCGGGCAGUCGAGGUAGGAGAGAGGAAGGCACACGUCCUCCGCCAGCAACUCCUAAUUGUGGUGCCGGUGGGGGACGCAGUGGCCACGAGGAAGAAUAUCCCAUCAACUACAUGCGCAACGUUGCCUGGGAUGAGGCGACAACAGAGCACGUGCUGAUGCUCGAUGCAGACUUUGUCAUCAGCAGCAACGCCUACGCACGCAUCCGUGCAACCUUGCACCGGCAGUUGAAUGACAGGGACGCACGUGAUACAGGUGCAACAGCGUUUGUGGUGCCAGCGCUGGAGACGGACGAGUAUGCGUUCCGUGUCCCAGAUACGGUGGAUGGCGUGCGAAGGUUGGCAAAGGAGGGCGAGUUGCGGGCAUUUCGCAGUCGAGAAUGGGAGAAAGGACACGCGCCGACGAACAUGACACGCUGGCUAUCGUCCACGCAGCAGCAGCAGCAGCCAUACCGGGUGGACUGGCAGCCGGGGUACGAGCCCUACCUCGUCCUCCCAGCCACUGCUCCCAGGUACGAUGAGCGGCUGUCCGGGUUUGGGUGGAACAAAGUGCUGCAUGUCCUCGCGCUGAGACUGCAAGGGUACGAGCUGCGUGUUCUGCUGGAUGUCGCCAUCAUCCACCGUCCACACGCCGCCUCCCACGACCUCACCGCGUACCGCCACGACCCCGAAUACCAGCGCUGCGUCGCGGAGAGGGGUGCAGCCAUCCAGGAUGAGCUCCUCGCACACGUUGACAACGCAGACACCUACCGUGUCCAGACCCUACAUGCGCACAGGCAACGCAGCCGGCAAGCACAGUUUCGAGUGGCACGCCGCACCCACGCAGCAAGAAGCGAAGCAAAUGACCAACACAAACAGCACCAGCAACACCAAGAAGAGCACCACCAACGUCAACAUCAACAGCAACAACAGUAUGGCACUGGAGGCCAGAAGCGCCGCGCGUCGCACGCGGUGGCUGAGCAGAGUGUUCACGCAGCGGCAGAGAGGCGGGCAAAUCGCAUCGCACGCCGACACCACCGCCAUAUGUGAAGCUGCAAACACUCGAGGACACCUGCACACUUACAUGUCACCCCCCCCCCCAAACAAACCAACCGUCCUCGACAUCCUGUGAGGCCUUGUUGUUCACACACGCUUGGUCGUUUACUUGUUGCUUCUUUGAAGGCUUGUGGUGAGAAAAGCGGGGGGAAUAGCCUGGCAAUAAUGGACCAUUUGAACACA